CAACUCAUCCAUCCAAACCAAAGCAUUAAAACACGAGUCGUCAACCAGAGUGAGAGAGAGAGAGAGACAGAGAGAGAGAAGGGAUUUCGAAGAUCAAAUCGAAACCCUAGGAGAGAGAAAGCAAGAUUCGUUUUUUCGAUCUUCUUUCUCUCUAAAUCACAUUGCAUUCGAAGAUCUUCCACCUUCUUCACUCCCAGAAAAAAGAGACUGCGUGUACUUGGGUCAUGGCAAACGUCAAGGGGCCAUCAAACAUCAGAAAUGCUUUUUUCAAUGGAAAGCAUUCUUUACUUCCGCCUAAAAGUCCAUUUCCAAGUAUUUCUCCAUCAUAUAUUGAUUAUGUACCUAGUCCUGCUAUUGGACCAAAAAGUAUUGCAAAGCCCAGAGAGAUAAAUCCACACCACCAACGUACUUCCUCUGAGAGCUUUCUGAUGGAGGAGCAACCUUUGUGGCUGGAUGAACUCCUUAAUGAGCCAGAAACACCUAUACAUAAAGGGGGUCAUAGGCGAUCAUCCAGUGACUCCUUUGCAUAUAUAGAUGUAGCUACUGCUUCUACUGUAGAUUAUUUAGCACAUGAUGAGUACAAAUAUAAAAAUAUGAUUUCAGUACCAGCAUGGGGAUCACAAGAGUUUGAACAUUACAGAGAUGUGCGGCAUGCUUCUUUUUACCCAGAGCCAAACUCUUUGGGAAAACUGAAGAAUUGGACUAGGGAUCCAUCUUUGAUUUCAAUGGCACAUUCAAGUGGCCUUCCUUCUGCUAGAGACAACGUCAUCAUUCAAAGCUCGGGAUCAUCAUGUGUUCUGCAAGAAGUAGAUGGGGUUCCAUUUACAACCACUGAGAAGCAGGAUCCUGUUGAAUCUGGUCCACAUGAUCCAAAAGCCACUUCUGAAAAGAAAGAUCCUUCUCAUGCUAAGCUUUCUGCAUCUGAAAUGGAUACAAAACGUGCUAAGCAGCAAUUUGCUCAACGUUCACGGGUUCGGAAACUUCAAUAUAUAGCUGAACUGGAAAGGAAUGUGCAAGCUUUACAGGCUGAAGGAUCUGAAUUUUCUGCUGAGCUUGAAUUUCUCAACCAGCAGAAUCUUAUUCUGACCAUGGAGAACAAAGCCUUGAAGCAACGUUUAGAAAGUUUAGCCCAGGAGCAGCUGAUAAAGUAUUUGGAGCAUGAAGUAUUGGAAAGAGAAAUUGGAAGGCUGCGAGCCUUGUGUCAACAACAACAACAACUGUCUUCUAGUCAUAGACGCAACAAUUAGUAGAGACCAUGAUUCACAAUUUGCAAACCUCUCUUUGAAGCACAGGGAUACCAGUUCUGGCCGUGACCCACUUCACAUUUGAACAUAUGAUGUAGCUAGAGAGCUGUGACCCACCUUGACUUGACAAAAAUUGCUGUCUCCCUUGUGCCGGUGAUGUUUGACCCGAGCUCUUUCACUCUUGGUACCUUUCAUCUAGCAGCUUUACUUGUUUUACAUUUUGACUUUUGUUUCUGCUUUUCAUUCUCUACUUGUAUUUGCUCAUUUAAUUUAGUAUGUGCACCUGGUAGUCAUGCCACGAGCUUGACUCAUCUGAGGUGGAAACUGAAAAGAAUGAUCGAUGUUCUUCUCCACUGUAUGUUCUACUGAUUAAAAUUCAUAACUCUGUUCAAAAUUUGCCCCCUUGCAAAUUUAUUGUCUCUUGGAAUCCAAUAUAGUGCACAAAUUUGUGGGGGAAUUACUUGUAAUGCAUGCUGACGAGAAUUGUUGUAAAAUUUGUAAUAAAAGCUAUGCUUUCUCCAGGAAUUUUUAUUUA